CGACUGUGCUGGGCCGGGGCUCGCGGGAGGCACACCUCAAGUCUGGAGUAGGAGGCCUGGCCACAUUCCCCACCAAAGUCCCAGGAGGUCGCAGCUCUUGUGUAACUGGUGACGUCACCACUCCGGGGUGGGGGCGGGGUUGGCCGGGCGGUGUGCGCGGGCCCGCAACACUGAGGCGCCUGGCCAUGUCUCUCUACCGCAGCGCCGUGUGGUUCGCCAAGGGGCUGCGCGAAUACACCAAGAGUGGCUAUGAGUCUGCAGCUAAGGACUUUGUUCCUGAUGAUCUGGAGGUACAAGUUCCUGGGAGAGCCUUUCUGGUUACAGGAGGCAACAGUGGCAUCGGGAAAGCAACUGCAACUGAAAUAGCCAAGCGAGGGGGCACAGUUCACCUGGUUUGUCGAGAUCAAGAGCGUGCAGAAGGUGCCAAAGCUGAGAUCAUCAGAGAGAGUGGUAACCAGAACAUCUUUCUGCACAUUGUGGACUUAUCUGAUCCCAAGAAAAUCUGGAAAUUUGCUGAAGAUUUCAAGCAGGAACAUAAACUCAAUGUUCUGGUCAAUAAUGCAGGUUGCAUGGUCAAUAAAAGAGAACUCACAGAAGACAGGCUGGAAAAAAACUUUGCUACCAACACUCUGGGUGUCUACAUUCUCACCAUUGCCCUCAUCCCUGUGCUGGAGAAAGAACAUGACCCCAGAGUGAUAACAGUCUCCUCAGGGGGAAUGCUGGUUCAGAAACUGAACAUCAACGAUCUCCAGUCAGAAAGGACAGCAUUUGAUGGAACCAUGGUCUACGCGCAAAACAAAAGGCAGCAGGUGGUCCUGACUGAGCACUGGGCCCGUGCACACCCCACCAUCCACUUCUCAUCCAUGCAUCCUGGCUGGGUCGACACCCCAGUUAUUGAUGUCAUCACUGUUGGAUAGGACAGAAAGAAAUGGAGAGAGGAGGGUAAGACAGAGACAGGGAGAGGAAGAGAGACACCUGCAGACCUGCUUUCACUGCCUGUGAAGCGACUCCCUUGCAGGUGGGGAGCCGGGGGCUCGAACCGGGAUCCUUUCGCUGGUCCUUGCACUUUGUGCUACCUGCGCUUAACCUGCUGCACUACAGUCCGAAUCCUACCCCCUAACACUUUAACAUUUGCGUAUGCACCCUUGGAACUCAUGCUAAAAAAGUGAUUAAAGGUGGAAAAGAAGACUGCCUAUUAUUAUUGGGGUGGUGAGAGAGUUAGCCAGGGAAUUAAGGAGUAGCUGAGCACCUUGAGACUGCUGUGCUGAUGUGUCUGUGGGGGAAAACUGCACUAUGACUGUUAAGUGCAGGUCUUUAUGUGUCCAUUUAGUAGACACCUCAUAAAGCAAAAAAAAAAAAAAAAAAAAAAGUCCAUUCUUCUUGCUGCACUGGGGACAGAGCUGUGCAAAGUUUGAGGAGACCUGGCUGGGGCCCAUGCCUGGAGCUCAGGCAGUCUGUCUUCUGCUGUCAGUGCACAGGACAUGCUUCCAGCACAACGGACAGGAGAGACCUAGGCCUGAUACCUCUCUGUCCUGAGAGGAGCCAUGCUUGAUUCUGCCUGACCAGGGUGAGCUCUGUGGGCUGGGCAGAACCAACCCCAGCCUCUGACACUUGAGGUUGCUGGCAGGUCAGGGUGGGGAGGAGGCAGUGAACAUGGUCCCAAGUACUGCACACAUGUGCUCAGAGUGACCCAUCCCAGACUUUCAGAGCCCUUCUCUGUUCUCCUCAGUAGUUCCUAAUUUUUUUCCCCCCUCACAAGUAUUGUUUCUAUAAAAAGAAAUAAAAGGCUCUGUGUGGAGCCAGAGGAAAAGCUCACUUGGAUAGUGCUCUGCUUUACUAUAUUUAAGACCCAGGUUGGAGCCUAGACCUUGCUACAUUGAAGCUUCAGUGCUGUGGUCUCUUUUACUCCAUCUUCCUCUUUUUGCCUCUCUUAGGGGAAAAAAAAAUAACAACAGAAAACUGUGUAGUUUAAACACAGAGGGCCAGAGCUGAUAGGAUCUGUUCCCUCACUAAAAUCCACUGACUUCAGGGGUCAGGUGGUCGUACACCUGGUCAAGUGCAUACAUUAGCGUAUAUAAGGACGAGGGUUCAACCCCCCUAGUCCCCACCUGUGGGGGAAUCUUCAUGAGUGGUGAAAGAGGUCUGAAAGUGUCUCUCUUUCUAUCUCCCCUCCCCUCUCAGUUUCUCUGUCUCUACCCAGUAACAAAUAAAUAAAAACAUAAGAAAAACUAAUAAUAAAUAAAAUCUGCUAAUCUCA